AUGUUUUCGAUUUCCUGGCUCCGCUGUACACUCCGUCUGGUAGCUUUCACUUUCUUCACCAACGUGGUCACUAUCUCAACAGCUAUGGAGGUCAAGACUAGGAGCGGAAACUCCGAUCUGCUUGUUACCUCUUCUGCUGACAAUAUUGAUAGCAGUAACACGGCGAAGAGAUCAUUGAGGCAAGUUGCCAAGGCAUCUCAAGAGAGCGUCGACUAUCUCAGUAGCAAAUCGAAGUAUGUUGCAGCGGAAGAGCGAGGAUGGCUUACCAAGCUUUUCGGUGAGAAAAUCCACCUUGAGAGAGCUUCAGAGGCAGCAUAUACAACGCUUUUAGACGACGCAGCAGCAAAAAUGAAGAUUUUUUUAAGAUUUCGGGAAUUGGUACGAUCUCAAACACUGAAAACAUGGAGUGCCACCUCUCCAGUGCACACUAGUGAGCAAGAAUGUAAAGGUAAAACAGGAGGCAUAUUCGCUUUAGCAGUGCAUGGAUGCGGCUGUUCUAACGUUGCAGCUAAGAGCAAAUAA